GUUUUCCUCUAGCUAUGUUUAUUUUACUUGCAUGAUUGUAUUUUUUACAUGCUCUAGUCCUAAUAUAUAAAGUUUCAUGAUGGUAUAUGGAAUAGCAACCUAGCUGUGCAGUCUGGAAAUCCUCUUAUGGCAGUCACUAUAGAACAGUGCCACACCCCUUAAUUUAACUUCAUUAUUUCUAGUUACCUCUUUUCUAAUUUUUAUUUUAUUUGUAGACUUCUAUUGCCUAUAUAUCAUUGAGUACAAAUGUGCAAAGUUUUAUCAUUAUAUCUUUAAUAGCAACAUUGGUAUGCAAGUUUAAAGCCAAUCACACGUCUGGAAUGCAGGGGCCGCUGCCGGUUAGAUGGUUGGCACCAGAAAGUUUGAUCGACAGAACACACAGCACCAAAUCUGAUGUCUGGGCCUACGGCAUUCUUCUGUGGGAGAUUGUUACGCUAGGUGCCAGUCCUUACCCCGGGUUGUCUGCCCAGGAUGUCUUCAAGUUUGUUAGCGCUGGCAAGAAAAUGGAGAAACCUCAGCACUGCAGUUCUGACAUAUACGAGCUCAUGUGCAGCUGCUGGUCCUUCCUCCCAGAGAACCGUCCAACGUUUGAUGCCCUGUGUUGCAGGUUCGAGACUCUGCUGGAAAAGGAAAAAGAUUACAUCAACCUGGAGCUAUUCCAGAGCGAACAGUACGCUUGUCUGGAUGCUGACAUAAUGGAUGAGAAGUUAUAGGACAUAAAGCUGGUUGGAUGAGAAGUUAUAGGACAUAAAGCUGGUUGGAUGAGAAGAUAUAGGACAUAAAGCUGGUUGGUUUAGAAGAUAUAGGACAUAAAGCUGGUUGAUUGAGAAGUUAUAGGACAUAAAGCUGGUUGAUCGAGAAGUUACAGGACAUUAAGCUGGUUGGAUGAGAAGAUAUAGGAUAUAAAGCUGGUUGAUUGAGAAGUUAUAGGAUAUAAAGCUGGUUGGAUGAAAAGAUAUCGGACAUAAAGCUGGUUGAUUGAGAAGUUAUAGGAUAUAAAGCUGUUUGGAUGAGAAGUUAUAUGACAUAAAGCUGGUUGGAUUAAAAGAUAUCGGACAUAAAGCUGGUUGAUUGAGAAGUUAUAGGACAUAAAGCUGGUUGAUUGAGAAGUUAUAGGAUAUAAAGCUGGGUGAUUGAGAAGUUAUAGGACAUAAAGCUGGUUGAUUGAGAAGUAUAGGAUAUAAAGCUGGUUGAUUGAGAAGUUAUAGGACAUAAAGCUGGUUGGAUGAGAAGAAAUAGGAUAUAAAGUUGGCUGGAUGAGAAGAAAUAAGAUAUAAAGCUGGUUGCUUGAGAAGAAAUAGGAUAUAAAGUUGGCUGGAUGAGAAGAAAUAGGAUAUAAAUUUGGUUGGAUGAGAAAAAAUAGGACAUAAAGCUGGUUGAUUGAGAAGAAAUAGGAUAUAAAGCUGGCUGGGUGAUAAGAAAUAAGAUAUAAAGCUGGUUGUUUGAGACGAAAUAGAAUAUAAAGUUGGCUGGAUGAGAAGAAAUAGGAUAUAAAUUUGGUUGGAUGAGAAAAAAUAGGACAUAAACCUGGUUGAUUGAGAAGAUAUGGGAUAUAAAGCUGGGUGGGUGCAGACAUAAUAGAUGAAAAGUUAUAGUAGAAUGAUUGGGUUAUAUUAACUGACAGUUGAAGUCACCUAAGGGAUCCCGGAUGUUACAUAAAAUUACUUGGAUUUUGCAGAGAAAGUCGAUUUAAAAACUAAUCAAAUCAUUCUUCGCUGUGAUCUCGUACAACAUGUUUUUGUUAACACAAGUAUUAGAAAUGCUGACAUAGGUCUAUGGCUCAUGCAGGUUUUAUUGAGCUGUAGAACUGGUUGGUGACCUACUUACCAGCCCUAUAGUAUAGUAGCGAUCGUCCAGACGUGUACAUGUUUCAUAACAUACCUACAAGACAUUUGAAACCUACCCCAUACUCCACAGGACGUUACAGAACAAAUAUGUUCAUACCCCCCCCUCCUUGCCUCAGUGCUUUGCAAUUUAUGUGACCAUAUAAAUGAAUUACAAGAAUCACAUUAUUUUUUAGAAAAUCGUCGUUUUUCAUCCUAAUUAUCCAAUGAUUGUAGAUUCAUGGGCCUAUAGCAGAAUUUUUUUUUUUUUUUUUUUUUACAAAUAAAAAUAACUAAAUUUAAUGACAGUGUUAAACAACAGCAGUAUUUUAACCAUAUUCCAUAUGACACAAUAUAACAUGAUGAUAAAUAUAACCCCCUCCCACUUUCUCCUUUCAUCAAAUGUGCACGAUCUGAACGCAGAAUAAAAUAUUUUAUUAAAAUAAGACUGUUUUGUAAUUAUAUUCAUUAUACAACUGUCUGUUGAUUUAAGCAAAAGAAACAAUAACGUACAUUAAUAAUUGUAAUGCAUUCAAUGAUAAAAAUAGAUAAUAAUAAAUGCAAUCAUUUGUAGUUUAGAUAUUAACGUCAAUAAAACAUUAAAAUUUAAUAACUAUGAAUAUAAACAUACCUAACUGUAUAUACAAACAUUGUAUUCAAUAAAAAAACAU